GGCUGCAGUGGGAGAGAGAGGAAACUGCACUUUGAAGCAGGGGAUGCCCUGCUGGCACUAUGUAUUGAAUCCACCACCAGCACGUUCCUUCUCUCUCCUUUUUGGCAGUUUGCCAUCUCUCAAGGGUUGGGUUCCCUAUACAGAUGAAUGACUCAGAUCACUUGCUAUUUCACCAUUCGUUUCAAGGAUGCAUGCAGUUUAUUCAUGUGGAUGAUCAGCUGGUGGAUUUGCAAGCAGUAGAGCAAGGCCAGCUGGGAAGCUUUGCCAAUGUCAGCAUUGACAUGUGUGCCAUUAUUGACAGGUGUGUGCCCAAUCACUGUGAACACGGUGGCAAAUGCACCCAGACGUGGGACAGCUUCAAGUGCACUUGUGAUGGAACUGGAUACAGCGGGACAACUUGUCAUAACUCUAUUUAUGAGCUCUCCUGUGAAGCAUACAAACACUUGGGCAAAACAUCAAAUUACUACUGGAUAGAUCCAGAUGGCAGUGGAGCACUGGGACCUUUGAAAGUUUACUGCAACAUAACAGAGGAUAAGGUAUGGACAACUGUCUACCAUGAUCUACAAAUGCAGACGUCCGUUGGAGGCAACAGUCUAGAGAAAGUAUCUGUGCUGCAGCUAAACUACAGUGCAACGAUGGACCAGAUUUCUGCCAUUACGGGUAGUGCUGAAUACUGUGAGCAGUUUAUCUCGUAUUCUUGCAAGAUGUCCCGGCUGCUGAAUACACCAGAAGGGAAUCCAUAUACCUGGUGGGUUGGAAAAGCCAAUGAGAAGCAUUACUAUUGGGGCGGAUCAGGACCUGGUAUUCAGAAAUGUGCCUGUGGAAUUGAACGCAACUGUACUGAUCCCAAGUACUACUGCAACUGUGAUGCUGAUUAUAAACAAUGGAGAAAAGACACUGGGAUGCUGUCAUACAAAGACCACCUACCAGUGAGUCAGAUAGUGGUUGGAGAUGUUGACCGGCCUGGGUCUGAAGCGAAGAUAUCUGUGGGUCCUGUGCGUUGCCAAGGAGAUCGGAACUACUGGAAUGCAGCUUCCUUCAUCACAUCAUCAUCCUACCUUCAUUUCUCCACCUUCCAAGGGGAAACCAGUGCGGAUAUCUCUUUCUAUUUCAAAACAUCAGCUUCAGAGGGAGUGUUUCUUGAGAACCUGGGGAACACUGACUUUAUCAAACUGGAGCUGAAAUCUGCUACAGAGGUUUCCUUUUCAUUUGAUGUUGGAAACGGACCUGUGGAAAUAAUUGUCCGGUCUCCCAGUCAGCUGAAUGAUGACCAGUGGCAUCGGGUCAGCGCAGAGAGGAAUGUCAAACAGGCCAGCCUGCAGGUAGAUCAAUUGCCUCCGGAAGUCCGGAAAGCACCAACGGAAGGACACACACGACUGGAAUUAUACAGCCAGCUCUAUGUGGGUGCUGCAGGGGGCCAGCAGGGCUUCCUAGGUUGCAUUCGUUCAUUAAGGAUGAAUGGGAUUACACUGGACUUGGAAGAGAGAGCAAAAGUCACUCUAGGGGUGAAGCCUGGCUGCUCAGGCCACUGCACAAGCUAUGGGAUGUACUGUGCCAACGGCGGCAAGUGUGUUGAGAAAUACAAUGGCUACUCCUGUGACUGCUCCAAAACAGCAUAUGACGGACCAUUUUGCAUUAAAGAUGUUGGAGCAUUUUUUGAAGAGGGAAUGUGGCUUCGUUACAACUUCCAUUCUCCAGGGACUAGCAUGAAGGAUUUAGUUAGCCGAACACUCUUGAGUUCUACAGAUCCUGAGAUUACAGCAAUCAACAAUAACUUGAAUAAAGAAGAACUCAGCUUCAGCUUUAGUACCACCAAGUCCCCUUGUGUUCUUUUGUAUAUCAGUUCCUAUACCCAGGACUUCAUGGCGGUGCUUGUCAAGCCAUCUGGGAAUCUGCAAAUUCGGUACAGCCUAGGAGGUACCAAGGAGCCAUAUAACAUUGACGUUGACCACAGAAACAUGGCAAACGGACAGCCCCAUACUGUUAACAUCACGCGGAACGAACGGGACAUAAUACUACAGAUUGAUCACUAUCCUCCAGCAAGUUACAGCCUGCCAGCAGCAUCUGACAUUCAGUUCAAUUCCCCAAAGGCACUCUUCCUAGGAAAAGUCAUAGAAAUUGGGAAGAUCGACCAAGAUAUAUAUAAAUACAACACACCAGGAUUCACUGGUUGCCUAUCAAGAGUACAGUUCAACCAGAUUGCUCCUCUCAAAGCAGCUUUGAGAUCUACAAAUACCUCUUCUCACGUCCACAUUCAAGGAGAACUGGUGGAAUCCAACUGUGGAGCAUCACCACUGACAAUCCCACCAAUGUCUGCUGCAACUGACCCAUGGCACUUAGAUUCAGCCAGUGCUGAUUUCCCAUACAAUGGUCAAGCUAUAGGAGAUGGAGUCAACAGAAACUCUGCUAUUAUUGGAGGUGUCAUCGCUGUGGUGAUCUUCACCAUCCUCUGCACUUUAGUGUUCCUGAUCCGCUACAUGUUUCGCCACAAGGGAACCUACCAUACCAAUGAGGCCAAAGGAGCAGAGUCAGCUGAAAGUGCCGAUGCUGCCAUCAUGAACAAUGACCCCAACUUUACGGAGACCAUCGACGAGAGCAAGAAGGAAUGGCUUAUCUAAGCCCGUAGGGAGGGAACCUGGGAUGGGAUACAAGCUGGGCCAGGGUGGGACUGGAAUGACUCUUGCAGUAGGGAGACAACAUUCUGCAUUGGAUGCUUGAGCACACAUAUGGUGAAAAGAUCAGCACAACUAGAGGAGCAAGUGACAGAAAAAAUCACUGAGACUGGAGGAGAAAAAUAUCACAAGCAUUUAAGAAAAAUACUUUUAAACAUUUAUUUACACUGAAUUGCCCUUCUGUACUCAAACAACUGUAACAAAGAACAGUUUUGCAGCUUCAGCAUUGGUUAAAAUUUUCAGUAAUAACAACCUUUUUCUGUGUGUGUUUAGAGGUAUUCUAAAGAACAAGAAAUGGGGCCUUUUUUUUUUUUACACUUUUUAAAAGUUGUUUAAAGCGGAGGUAGUUCUGUCCUGAGAACAAGUGGCAGAAUUUUGUUUUCAUGUUGUGUUCAUUCAUAUCUGGCCACUUCCCCACAGGCUGCUAUCAGCCCUGCACCUUCACUGUGUCAUGGUUCAUUUUGGUGGUGUUUAAACAGAUGUUCAGAGCUGGGGGCAGAACCGAAGGGUGAGGGAGACUGCUUAAUGCAACUAAACCUUGCCAGUUUUUCAAAAUGUCAUUAGCUCUUGCCAACACUGGCAGGAUUCAUCUUUUUUGACACAGAUACUUUGUUGAUUCUGUACAAUUCUCAUCAGCAAUGUAAAAAUAUUGUUAUUAUGACUUCUACUACUACUACUGCUACUACUUCUACCAGAGAGAAUGAUCAUAAAGCACAGAAAUCUUAUUUUUUAUUAUUUUUGUGAACUCUGAGGGAGGAUGGUGCUGUGCAAGUCUGUAGACCUGUUCUUGUGUCUUUGGUUUGGGCACUGGUGACCAAGGCAUAUGCCAGUCUAAAUUCAGCUCUGCCUAUGAUAUGCUAAUGUGUAUAUCCUGGACUUAGGCAUAAGCAUUGUAGUAGGAAAUUACAGCCAAACUUCAUUUGCUUCUGUUUCUUUUUUAUAGGCUGUCACAGAAAUAUUAAUUAGUACAGUUCUAGUCAAUGUAUUUAAACUCAAGGACUUCAUGAUACUUUUUACAGCUUUAGCAUAACAAUUCAUACUUUAAGUCUUUUUUUUUUUUUUUUGUUGCCUUCUGAAGAAAGCCUCUGCUGACAGCAUUUCCACAGGCAGAAAGAUGAAGCAACAAAAACGUGAAAGCUCUGCCUUGAGAGCACGUGAAAAACACACGGUGCUAGAAAAGACAUACUUUUCAGUAUGCAGAUUUACCUGAACUAUUACUUAUCUAAGGCAUUUUUAGGAAUGGCAAGGACAGUGCCAAGUGCAUCAUUUUACCCCAUGUCCCCUCUUAGACCAGGGAAGUUGCAGAUCCCACUUGAGAAGCAGGCCAGUAGCUGUAGGAAAGGCAAGGAGGCAGCCUGAAGACCUUGUACCCUUUGAUGGCAACAAAGAAGGUGUAGCUUCCCCUCUGCAGAUAUCCAUGGUUCUCCAGGUCUGGUUUCACAGAAAUUUAGGGCCUUAAUGGGCAGUUUUUGCAGUAGAACAGAGCAAAGGAGUGAAUGUAUUGCAAAACAUUUCUUAUGUGCUAGAAGAACAGAGGCAGCACCAAGAGUUUCCUUUUAAAAGUAUUUAUGCUUGUGACAGUCUCAGAUUUGCUUUAUCUUUUAAUAUUGCUGGGUUUAGUAUGUGAAUAUUUAAUCCAUUUUUUCUUUAUAAGAAGGAUUUAUUUUUCAAAUCCAAAUCUGAAAUAUACUACACUGACCAGUGCUGGCAUCUCUAAUUUCCUUAUUUUUUUGACUGUAUUUUUGUUAUCACAGAUAAUGCUUUAAAAUUUAAUUUAAAAAAAAAAUCACAGAGAGGGAGGAAAAUAUUUAGUUUUACCUGACAAGAAAAUCAGAAGCACAAUUUAACAGCCAGACAGGGCCAGAUAGUUUGAUUUAAGGAUGAUAGUAUAAAGUCAUCUGGUGGAGUCAUUGAAUAUGAUUCAGACCAAAUCAAAUCCAUUGAUUUCUUCCUGCUCAUGGAUUUGGAAUUAGCAUACAAAAAGUUUCAAACAAGAUUUACUAUUUCUCAGGUAAUACUGUGUGGCAGAGGUAUUCAGGUAAACAUGAAAGCUACCUCUGUCAUUCUUGUGCUCUACAGUCUUUUGCCUUGCCUCCAGUAUCAGCAUUUCCCUCUCUUGUGCUUAAUUAAGUAGAUGAGUCCCUGAUCAUGUUUACUUGUGGGCAUAAGAUAAAUCUCUAACCCUCUGGAGAAUAUCAGCCUGGGAUGACUCUAGCCUACACCACUAACUAUUCAGCAAAAAUACUUUGGUUGUUCCAAGUUGCAAUUGCAGAUGACUUUCUGUAAUUGAAAAGGUGUUCACUUUUCUAUAUGAUAUUCUAUAUUUGAUUUUAAUUGUACUUUAGUCCACUCUGAAAAACACCCUUGCCUACAACUUCAAGUUAUCAAGAGAAGUGAAUACAGCAUCAUUUGCAUAGACUGGAAUUUAGUUUGCAGCAAAAAGUUACUAAUCUGAACUUAAUGUCUGUGACGGGGAUCGGACUCAUGUAUACUGAGAAGCUGGAAUCCUCUGAUGCUAGAGGACAAAGUAGCCAAAUGCCUUAGCAUUCAGAGGAGAAAGAUGGCUGUGCCUAACCCAGUCCUUGGCCAAGCUAGGAACACUUGCUGAACUAUGAUAAUGGGGUCUGUGGCAUCUAUUCACUGACUUUCCAAAAGAUUUCCAGCUUAUCUCUCACAACCCUGCAAGCAAGAAUUUCUGGAAAACAACCUUUGACUAUUGCACAUGCAAUAGUUGUAAAUUCAUGACUUAAAUUUGGAAAGACAGGAUUUACAUUUCUUAAAUUAAGUUGCAUGCAUCUUCAUCUCUCCAUUGACUGGACACCAUGUUUCUCAUUAUGUAAAGUUCAUUAAUGCUGUGUUAAAAUGUUGAUGGUCUAUUUUCCAGAUACAAUUGCUUUCAUAACUUUAGAAAUUUUCUGAAUUAUUAGAAUCCUGCCUCUAAUAAUGGAUCUUAAGACAUGAAAUUUUAGACUAUCAUCUGUUCUCCGUGUAGUCUUUUCAUGACUAGGUGAAUUCCUGUCUGUCUGUCUUGCAUUUCAUUUCUGAAAAUAUAGUAAGCUUAAUAAUAGGUACUGGCCUACUUUCUGAGCAGGCUCAGAAAAGUAGCUUGCGUAUUUUUGCUAACACCACACUAUUUUGAGAAUUUCUUCCCCUGUGGGCCUAUUAUUGGAAGUUGCAACAUCAUCCAUAGUUUAUUUCACCCAUUUUUAUUUGUGCUAAUGUUGUUUGAGAGGUGCUUUCCAAGUGCCUGCAAUGGGAAAAUCUGAUGGAGAGUAGAAUGGACCCUGCUGUUAUAAGAAUCUGUACUCUCCCCCAGAGAAGACUAAACUAAGUAGUCUUGCAUCACCUGCUUGUAGCUGCUUCACCUAUUUGAACUGCAUAGGAAAAUGUUGUUUCUUGCACUGAUUGAGCAACCAAAGUGCUCCAGAUGUGUUUCCGAAAAGGUUGUUCUGAUUCCCCUGGAAUCAAUGGCAAAACUGCCAACAGCUGUGGGAGUGCAAGACUGGGCUGAAGACCAGAAACCUCUGUGUUAGCAGCUUUUGGAUCCUGAUUCACAACAUGCACAGACCACAGGGAAAUUAGUUGUGGAACUCCAAAGAGCCAAAAUGAUAAAAAACUAAUCAGCUCAGCUUUGAGGGGAAAUCUACAAUCUAAUCUGUUGGUUUUGAAUCAAGUCUUUCACACAUUGCUUAUUCCAUGUUUAUUAAUUGAAGAUUCAAGUGUGUUAACAUAGGAAUAUGCAUUGGUACUGGAACACUUCUACGCUGUAUUUUUCUUGUCUUAAAACUUACCUUUACCUUUUAUAUUUCCUGUAGCAGUUAACACUUCAAACAUGAUAGUAUUUUAGUAUCAUGCUCUAGCUAGCAUGAUUUAUGUCAAAGGAUGGUUAUCAUAAAUAUUUUACUAAGAUUGCCAGAGUGAUGGUGUAUAUGUACAAGUUUACUGUAGUGAUAAGAAUUUGUUUUAAGAAGAGUCUAGUAAAUAAUUAUGUUUUAAUUAAAACUAUGUCCCUUAAUGGCAGAUACAUCUAAUUUCCAGGAUAUCUGUUGAAAUGGGAAGCUAUCUCAGUUUGAUAAGCAAUAGCGUUUGACAUGGUUUCUCUCUUGAACCAUGUUACCUUCUGGCAAACAUGGUAACUCUGAAAGUUUAUCACCUUUGAACAACAGAACCUGUAUUUUGUUUAUCAGAUUUUAUUGCCUAUCCUAGAGAAACUAAACAGAAAUCUUGCCUUCUAAAAGCAACAGCAUGUAAAUUAGAAUGAAAGAAGACCAAUGUGUAUGUACACUUAAUAUCUUAAUUAUCUUAAUAUCUUCUUUGAGUGUCUUUCCUUUUAACUGAAGUUCUAUUAGAAAUGAUUGCUAAAUAAAAAAAAAAGAAAGAAAAAAAAAUAAGAAAGAAAGCAAUUCUAAGUAGUUUUAAUUAACCUAAAAGCUUUUUCAUUUAUCAUUGUCUAUAAUUUUUUCCUUCUCUACUACUGGCAAAUCAAUUUGAAAAAGGAUAAAAGCUGGAGAGGCCUCAUAAAAAAGACCCAAAGUAUAUGGGAAAAAAAAUGGACUUCACAGCACAGUUAUAUAUAAAGAGAGGGGGUACUGAAACCAGGGAUGAAUUAUUAAAAUGUGUGCACGUUCCUUGUGUAUCAGACAGCUCUGACUGUGUGUUACAGAUGAGAAUCCUGAGCAGGGUAAAUCUGUACCUGUUGAAGUGAGCUGAGUCUGCACACAGAGCUUUUAUGGAAUCAAAAUGACUGAGCUUUUUCUCUUUCUGAUUCCUUUGAUAGCAGCAAGCAGUCUAGUGCCACUUCUGCUAGUGUUUGUUACUGCAAAUUCAGUGGCAUUGCCAGCUUCACAAGAGCUGCAUACUAAAAAUGAUGGGGCGUGGUUUGUUUGCCUUCCUGUUCCACCAUAACUGUUCUUUCCUUUAUGAAUGUGAGCCUUUUAUUGAAGUCAUCAAGAAAAAUGUGCAUCCAGUUCAAUAGACUUGCAUGUUUCUUUUAAUAAACUACCUUUAUCAGGCUUUAAAUUUUUUAUGUGAAGCAUUUUAUAAAAGUGCUACAUUUAGUGCAUUUGAAUAAGAAUAUUCUAGGCAAAGAAGCAGAUGGUGCAACAACCUCCAGAAUCAAAGAGGUUGGGACUGUCCUAACCUGUUUCUUUUUCUGCAGUGUGAAUUGCCUUAACCCCAUUCCAAAGUCCUGGUCCUGUCCAAGACCUUAACCUGCUCUGUGGGAUGUAUAAUUAUGGCAAGGUCCAGUAAUGCCUUGUGACCAUGUUUUGACUGUUCAUUUGUACUACUGUUGAAACCUCUAGAAGGGGAUAGAGUCACACAUUCUAAAGGAGCGUUUGUUAUUUGUAUAGGAAAGUCCUAGAGGAAAAAGAAGGGAGUGAAGGUUUAAGCUUAAAGCCAUCCCGAUACUUGUGCACUGUGACACUGAGCAAAUUUGUUUCUUCUUGCUGUCACUGUGUGUGUUUCAGUGAGGCCAAAACCAUAUGGGCCUGAAGUAAGGCUAUUUUGGAUGUGAUGUCUACAGCUUUGGAGUAAUUGUUGCCCAUAUGACAUCAAAAUAUGAUGAAUAAAGAAGUUAUACCAAAUUGCUUCAAAUCCCUAAGCCUGCAGUGCUAGCAGAAUCCCUCAUUCUUGAAAUUAAGUGCAGUUUUGGAGAGAAACUCAGACCUUACCCUAAGUUCAUAUGGUACAUCAAGUGACAGCUGACUUGGACCUAGUUACCAAAAAGCAUUUAACAAUCUCUAACAAUUGUAAAUUAAGCAGACUUCUUGAAGUACUAUGCUCAAAAAAUCCUGAUUAGGGCCACCACUUAAGAACCAGAAAGAGAAGAGGCAGAUAUGUUUUUAAAAAAAAUCGCUUUGUGUUUAAAAAAAAAAAAAAAAAAGCUUCAGUAGAUUACUGCACAGAGAAUUGUUUCUUUUGACUACUUUUCCAUUUUCCAAAUAUUGUAUAGGAAAAGUUAAGAAAAUUUUCCAUAUGGUAUAAUAAAGCACAACCAGAACUGCUUCUGUGAAAAAGAAUUUAUGAUGAGGGUAUUCUGCAAAUAUUUUCAAAUCAAGUAACAAACUUAGUUAUGUCCUUUCUGUGAUGCAGCACCUUCUAAUAAUGUCUGUGUACGCUUCCACUGCUUCCACUGUUUUCUUGGGUUGUUUUUGGUUUGUUUUUGGUUUUUUUUUUAUUGUUUGUUUGUGUGUUUUUGGAAGAAAUUUCUGGAUAUGAAGCCCUUGAGUCAGCCAAAAAGCAAAUAACUUUAGGUGAAUCAAGUCAGGCUGAAGCAGGACACACACAGAAAAUCCCAGCCGAACAGCUCUCUGAGAGUUAAUCUUGGCUUAGGCUAGCAACGGAGUGAGUCAAGUUUGUGUACUUUUUUUUUUUCAAGCCAUGUACAUGUAUGUAAGGUAAAUAAAGUUGGCUGAGUAAAGACAAGAUAGUCAACCCCUUUAUGCUAAUGUUCAUUACCUAAGCUGUACAUCUUACAGUUAGUGUAUUACUAGAACAAACUGACCUUGGCACAGCCAAUAAACCAUUCACAAGCUGGCCCAAAAUCCAUUACUGUUUUGUCUUAAAAAUCUGUGUUAGUUACAUGUUUAAAAAUAAAUGUAUGGUUUGCCUUCAUAUAGCAUGGACUUUAUUGGGAGGACUGGACACUAUCAGCAGGUAAGAUUAUUUUUGUUACAAUGUAAGUGCCACCUGCAGAGCUUUUCUGUGUAACUUGCACUACCACCGCCUUUAAUCCUGGAACAUAAACUGCAACAAGGCCAUGGAUCAAAGAUGCACAUCCUGAAAGACAGUGUGAUGCUUUUGUUAAUGCUAGUAUGUAGACGGUCUCUGUAUGCAUCCAGCAUCUCCCUGUUUCCAAAGUUCUUGUCCACCACUGCAAGGUCAGUAUGGGAGGAACUUGGCUAACAGUUCUGGUUUGUUUCCAUCUCUUCCCCUGCUUCAGAAAUGCUUCUUCUCACUGAUAAAUUCAUCACCUUUUCCAGUCAGAAUAUGUAGUUCCUUCACAGCAACACUCACUGCUUUGACUAAGUUGAAGUCUCUCACCUCCCAACAUGUGGCUGUUUUACUGGGAAAGUUGUAUCACACUGAAUACCUGUCAUGUGCUAUGUUUGCAGCUGGUUUUAUCUGCUUAUAAUACUCAGUGGUUGAAAGUAGUAUUUUCUGCCAGCUGCAGCACUGUUGUAUAACUUGUUUGCAUUUGUUCCAAAAUUAUGUCACUAUCUGGCAAAGAGAGUCUAAAAACAAUGCACCUGCACCUCAUUCCAUUGAGCAUACUAUUUUUUUUGUUGUUUUUCAUAUUUUUCCCAAUAUGUAUAAAUACUAAAAUAAAUGCAUAGCAAAAUACAUUUUAAGGAAAAUAAAAAAAUGUAUUUUCCUUGGGGCCACUC